UUAGUCCUGUAUGGUCCGUUUACGUUCGGUCUUUAACAGAAUAAUAUAAUAAUGAGGAAAAUUGCGAGGUUUUGUUUCCUGUUGUUGAUGCUCACCGUCGGUUUCUUGCUGGCCUAUCCGUCGAACACAAACAGUGAAGGAAUCAGCAUUAGUGAACCCAUCAUAGACAAGGCGAACAAAUCGGUGUGUCUGUAUGGAUUCGAAUUGAGAAAUGGCACCUGUAACGAGAUUUUCUGAUGCGUAACGUUGCAAGCGGCGUAACCGAAGAAAACACAU